AUUGCCAUCGCUGCUGAUGCAGCGCGCCUUGAUGCAGGUCUCGAGAGUGUCGCAUGUCAGACAGCUGGCAGCGCUGCUGGACGUGGUCGUCUCUGCUGCUAGGAGGUCCUGCUUCAGCGCGCGACGGGGCACCAGCGCUCCAAAUGGCCCUGUUGCAGACACUGCGGAAACCAGAACUGCGAUUGCGGCGAGAACGAGAGCUGCUGCUGCACGUGACGACCGCCGCGGCGCCGCGGCGGGAGUGGCGCGUCUUCUGCGCCGCAUCCUGCCUGCUGUACGUAGCACUUGACUUCUUACACGCCCGGCUGCGGUGUGCGCGAGGCCGUGUGUGAGCAGGAAUACAGCAUCGAGCGGCUAUAAGUCAAGGGUCGGGCUGCAUGGGUCGGGCUGCAUGGAUGCGGACGAGCUGGCGGCCUGACGUCCAGGGCCGAGCGCCAAGGUCGUUAGCUAUCUAGCGGUUGGUUGCUUUCCUUGUCGUGGUGGCCGCACAUGAAGCAAGGCGCAUCAUGCGCGUGUUUGUGACGGGCCGGCCUCGAGACUGUCCAGGGGCCGGGAGGCGAGGGGUCCAGGGGCACCUACAGCGCUGGCGUGCGUGCACGGUGCGCCCGCGCCCGUUGCGUGCCAGAUAGCUCCGAGUUGUGUUCGGCUAUGUCAUUGUUGAACGCCUGGAAUGGUGGCGACGGCGUGACGGUUGUGCGAAUGUCGGUUGGGCUGGGGAUUCGUGCGUGCCGAGCGUGGGAGAAGUUCGUGCCGGGCUGGGAGAAGCGUUUGGGAAACGCAUCAACCGAUAUAAAUCUGUUGCCACACAUAACGGAUACAACUAUAAUCCAUAAAUUUCUGAAUGCAGGCCAAGCCAGCUACCUUGUUCCCGAGCACCCGAGCGUCCGCCACGAGUCAUCCUGCCUCGGGCGAGUUGAGAGGGGUGCCGGCCUGUUUGGACGGGAAGACUGUCCGGGGGCCGGGAGGCGAGGGGUGCGUCGGGCUGCCGGCUGCGAAGUACGUACGUGCUACCCGCGCGAAAGACCGAGCGGCGUCCUGCUGGUUACUGGAAACCGCCGGCUGGCGUGAAACAGCCAUUCGGCUGCAGGGCACGUACGCUUGGCCGGCUGCGUCAACGAACGGGCCCGGCAAAUCACAAGAGUGACAAAUAAAAGCCUGCAAGCAUGCGUAGGCGCGCGAUCGUCACGCCAGGUCACGCUCCCAGACAAGCUCUCAGGUGGUUUCCAGUAAUUCCAUGCGGGGCCGGGACUCGAGGCUACUCGAGGCGACGUUUCCGUGGGCGUGCCUUACUUUGGAUGUGCUGCCCCCCUGGCACCGUGCGCCCGCACAGCAUGACAGACCGCGCUUCCGGGUGUGUGGGCUAGCUGUCCCAACAUGCAAGGGGUUUCCAGGGUUUCCACCCUCAUCCUUCUGUUCUCGCUGUCUGCUCUGCUUUCUGUGCUGUAUUCCCGCCAUGUAUGGCCGUAACGGGACAGCAGCCAGCGUGGUUGUGGUGGUUUCCAUGGGUUAGCUGUCGGCCUAGACGGCCUACGCUGUACGAGAUACUCGGCUGAGCUGAGCUGGCGGAGCGAGGGCCGGUCGGCCGGAUAGGGUUGUUGGAGUCGGGAUGGGCACUUACACUGCAAACAGCUCACAACCGCAAGUGAGCGCGCGGCGCACAAAGCGUCCGGUAAGCUAAAUCGGAUUGGAGAACCGUCCGCGCGCUGGUCGUGGCGUAGCACCUUCAACUUGAGAGCGUGUGAGGCAUACGUAGAGCUUGCAUUUGGAACCUGCUCCAACGGCCUUUCGACAG